GGAAGUUUCAUUGUCCUAAGGUGUAGCAUUGAUUCAUUAUAUUGCCAUUGCUGCUACAUGGAAGAGAAAAAGUUACCAACUUUCCUUCAGGUCUCCAUUCCCCUGCAGAAAGACUACAGUUCCAACUCAAGCCCACCAAUCAAAACCGAAAAGGCAUUCCCCCAAAUUCGACAGAACAGAGCAGCAACCAAACAUCAAUUAGGGUUUUUCCCCCACACAGAGAGCAACAACUUACACCCG